CAUCAUCAAAAAGCAGUUAAAACAGUUGGAAGCACAAGUAUUCAUUGCUUCAUACCGCACCGACAGAGACGAGGUCACGUCGAACCAUAUCCAGAAAGACAGAAACCUAGAUAGAUCAUCGACUCGAUAUACCUACUAGCCAAGCGCCCGACUCCUAGCCAGCAUGAGAACCAUUGUUCCUAACCUUGGUGGCGGGAACAACGCAUCAUCUCUACAGAAACCACGGAGUGGCAGCAAGUCCCAGAGCAAAUCUGCCUCGAUGGACUCGCACAUGAGGAGUUUCAGCGGCCGAACCCCCACGGAAGCGGAACUCAUGAACCCUCCGGGAAGCCCUCCGCGGGAGCCGGUGGAUCGCGACGGCACGGGCAGCACCAUGCGGAGUACCCCGGAGCGAAAGGGGGCCAGGACGCCCAACGGCGGGUACGAAAGCGACGACAUGGAGGAGGACACCUACUACUACGUCGAGGAAUCUCCAAAGGCGAAUCGCCUUCCGUCCCCCGCUGCCAAGGUGACCAAGAGCGUCACGUAUUCCACAAAAUACAACGAUCCCGACCAGCAGCUGAGCCUGGUCGAUCUUCCCACCUCGAUGCCCUCCUCGGGGAAGCUCCAAAACAAGGAAGAGCCGGUGGCGGACACGCUUCCCCUCUCCCCCAAACAAGGCACGCUGCCCGAACACCAGGCCAAGGACGACUACUACGAGGUCGAGGCGUCCCCGGACGUCCGCCGGUAUUCGUCCCCCCCCGCAAAGUUCACCAAGAGCGUCACCUACUCUACCAAGUACGCUCGCGAUCCAUUGGAAGGCCUGCCACGGGAGGAGGAGAUCCACACCCAAAACGAAAUCACCGUGGCCAGCGCAAGCAUGUCCGUGGUCGACCUCCCCCAGUCCAUGGCCUCGGUGGCCGAUUCGCUCAGCGCCGCGCGGUACGACUCGCCGCCGGUCAAGGGGUCCAACAGCGUGACAUUUUCCACAAAAUUCGCGAGGGACCCGACCGCGGCCGGGAGCCAGCAACCCCACGAGAGGCGCCUCGACACGACGCUGGAAACGGCGGAAAACUCCUCCCCCGAAACCAGGGGUUCCGGCAGCCCCGACUCGUACCACUACUACUCCGGUGACAGCGGGAGCUCGAGGAAGACCGAUCCCGAGGCCCACCGGAUCGUCAAGCGGGUCCCGUCGAACGAGGAAUACAUCCUGGAGGAAGACCCCCCGGACAGCGGCCGCCUGCCGGAGGACGGCUACGACAUCGACGAGGGCGACCAGUACUACGACGUUCCGGAUUCCCCCCGUGCCAGCGCCGGCGAGUUGUACUCGAACCUGUCGUCGUCGGCAACGACGAACCGCCCGACGAGCCGGGUGGCCAGCUACAACGCCAGCAAGCACGCCAAGGAGGUCAUGGGGGAGAACUAUCCCCCCCGGUCGAAGAGAUCCGGCUCGAUGAACUUCAAGCCGGUGUCGAGCUCUUCCAGCUCACACGCCGCCUCGAGCUCGCUUUUGUACUCGAGCGGGUCGGGUGCCACGAUGAUGAACAGCGCCGGAACCCCCACCGUCAGUGCCAGCGACAGCAACCGGCACCGGCUCUAUUUUACGUCUCUGAAGGGAGACACGGACAGCAGCCACAGCGKGUGGACCGAGCGGCGCAAGAAGGGAUUGUUUGGGCGUUUCGGCAAGCAGCAGCAGCAGCAACAGCAACGACAACAAAACCAGUACCUGAACCAGCUUUCGAGCGGCCCCGAGGUUACCGGCGGCGGAGGCGGUGGUCCGAUGGACCCAGACGGCCAGGUCAACGAGGAAGACAACUAUUCCACACACGGAGAAAGCUUAGCUCCCACCCCCGACGACGACACCGCGUUCCAAAGCACCGAACAACUCGGUGAUUCGGAGAUGGAGGGAACGUCCUCGCCGCCCUCCCGAAGCAGCCCGGCCAGCCCGGAUAACGGAUCAAACGACGAAAAGAGCAAGGAAUCCGGGGAGUCUGCGUCCGCUGGGACACCCCCGCAGCCCAAACCCAAGCACUCAAAGUUUCCUUCGAUUCCGGUGCUCGUGUUUGCAUCCGUUGUGGUGGUGUUGUGUGUGGGCACGCUGGCCGGUGGUCUGACGUAUUACCUAUGGGACAAGAAGAGCCUGGACCCGAUUCGUCCGCCGACGCAGGCACCGGUUCCGGGGGAAUACGGUCCACCCCCUCCCACAGUUCACGCUACCGGUGGUGACAUGCCUCCCAUCGAUCCCUCCGUGCUUCCCAGCGAUGCAACCCUCUUGCAAUUGUUUGCCUUUGCCAUUGGACAGGACUCGGUCGACAACUCCUCGUCCGCCGCAAAGGCAGCAGCCGACUGGAUGCUCAACGAGGAUCCCAGAAAGCAAUCGAUGCCUCGCACCAGCGCCGGAUGGAUCCAGCGGUAUCUGCUUGUCUAUACGUACUUUUCCACCACGGGAAACGGGGAGUCGACGUGGCUCUCCUGCAAUCCGCCGUCGCACGGCGAGGAGGACGCCCGCAACAGCGACGAGUGCCGGUUUGCCUAUCCGACGGAACUUCCCAACGGAGACGUCAUUUUCGACCUGGUUCCCUCCUCCCGCUGGCUGAGCGGGACGGACGAGUGUCGGUGGGGCGGGGUGGCGUGCGGAAAAACCGUGAUCGACGAGGCCUCGGGCACCUCGAUGCGGGCGGUCACGUCCAUCGUGCUGGCCCAGCAGCUGCUGAGGGGUUCGAUCGUCACGGAGCUCACCGCGCUUCCCGAGCUGGAAAUGCUGGAUCUCUCCCACAACGGGCUGAGCGGCACCCUGAGCGAAAGCUUCCGGUCCCUGCAAACCCUCCGCCUGCAGUACAACGAUCUCACCGGCACGAUUCCCGUCAACUUUUUCGACGACCAGAGUGUCAUGAAAGAACUCAACGUCGGAUCCAACAACAUGACCGGAACCAUUCCCGGCCAGGUGGCCCAGGCUUCGCAAAUGACCGGUCUCUACCUCUUCGACAACGGAUUCACCGGCAGCAUACCCAUCCUGGGCGAGAUGCCCCUGACGACCUUCCAGGCCCAAAACAACAGACUGAGCGGCAUGCUGCCCUUUGACCUGCACGUUAGCGGAAAGUGGCCCGACACACUGACGACCUGGUGGGUCUUUGGCAACCAGCUGUCGGGACCCAUCGGCGAAACCCUUGGCUACCUCUCCAGCCUGGAGGAUUUCAGGGUGCAAGACAACCGGCUCACGGGCAGGAUUCCCGAAUCGAUCGGAGACCUGCAGCGGCUCUUCCGCUUCGAGGUGAAUUCGAACGCCCUCACGGGCACCGUUCCGGACGAAAUCAGCGACCUGCCGGUGCUCCGGGACGUGCAGCUGCAGUUCAACGAGUUUAGAGGAGUGGUCCCCCCCGGCCUCUGUUUUCUGACCUCGAUGGAAACCCUCGAGGCGGAUUGCCUCGAUAUCGCGGUGGAUGGAUUCCUCUUCGAGGCACCCCCCAGAACCGAGUGUUACUGCUGCACGUCCUGCUGCGAUCCCAUUGCAAAAGAAUGCGUCACGUACUGAUGGACAUCGGUGCAAGUCUUUUCCGGUUUGCAGCCACUACUAGGGAGUACUACAGUACGGUAUGUAGUUGUUGACUCGGCUACACGCUAGUAGGUCCGAUGUUCGCAAAACGAAGCAAAGCAAAGCAAAACAAUUCUAUUCUAUUCUAUCCUAUCCUAUACGUAUGUAACAUGUAAAUCUUAAUCAAAAUUAUCAAAAUCA